CCGCCCUCUGGCAGCCGCGGCCCGGCCCCGCCGCCGCACCCCGCUUGCUCGGGGAUUAGACACCGUAACCUCGAGAGGCCCCUGCCGCGAGGAACCAUCCCGCGGUGCAGCACUGCCCGUGUGGAACAAGUACCGGGGCUCGAGGGGUUUCCACGGGAUGCCCUGGGGUACUUUCUCCCGUACGUUUUCCUCACAUUCGCCACCUUUAUUCUUCUGCUGCGUGCCUGCCACAAAAUACGCGUUUCUAUGCCCGGUGACACUAAGGAAAUAGUAAUGCAUCCCUGUGGCAUAGGCGCGGAUGCGUGUGCAUGUUUGUAAAGAAACACACGUUAGAGAGUGCAGCGAUUCCUGAAGGGAAUGAGGAACUUCGGGCAGAUCACCCUGUAAGGGAAUCCUACAACAUUUUAUUCGAGAUUAUCUAACUGCCUCAGAAGCCAGUUGGCAAAAAGGCCAAAAGAAUAUCUGCUUCACAGAGGUGACUUUCAGUCAAAAAUUAACAGACGCUAUAUGGAUGAAGUUACUUUUUCAAGAGAAAAGAAUUUAGAACGUAUAUUACUGCCACAAUGCCUGAAGUAAACACAGAUAACCUGGAUGAGCAGCAGGUGCAGCUGCUGGCUGAGAUGUGCAUCCUUAUUGAUGAAAACGAUAACAAGAUUGGAGCAGACACAAAGAAAAAUUGUCAUUUGAAUGAAAACAUUGAUAAAGGAUUGUUGCACCGAGCAUUCAGUGUUUUCUUAUUCAAUACAGAAAAUAAACUAUUGUUGCAGCAGAGAUCACAUGCUAAAAUCACUUUUCCAGAUUGUUUUACCAACACUUGUUGUAGUCAUCCAUUAAGCCAUCCACUAGAACUAGAAGAAAAUGAUGCCAUUGGUGUUCGGAGAGCAGCACAAAGACGACUGAAAGCGGAGUUAGGAAUUCCCGUGGAGCAGGUAACUCCGGAAGAAAUUUCCUAUCUGACACGAAUUCACUACAAGGCCAAGUCUGAUGGGAUUUGGGGUGAACAUGAAAUAGACUAUAUCUUAUUUGUACAGAAGGAUGUAACACUGAAUCCUGACCCUAAUGAGAUCCAGAGCUACUGUUACGUGACACAGAAAGAACUAAAACAGCUCUUGGACAAAGCCUCCAAGAAUGAAGUUAAGAUUACUCCAUGGUUUAAACUAAUUGCAGAGACCUUUCUUUUUAAGUGGUGGGAUAACUUACCUAACUUGAAUAAAUUUGUCGAUCAUGAAAGAAUACACAGAAUGUAAAUAGCCAGAGGUGGAAGAUGCUGAAGGCUAGCAAUGAUAUGCUGUCUCACUAGCAGUUUGGUAACUCUCACUCAAGUGCUAAAAAUAUAGUCCAUCUGGAGCACAUGUUUAACAACCAUCUCUGAAUAGAGUUAUUUAUCUUUUUUGUUUUUAUUUUUUUUCCUCUCAAACACCUCCCCCAAGCCCCUUCUGCCUUGGGUGAGUUUAUCCUCAUCUCAUUUAAAAUGAAGAAUAAAUAAGGAAGUAACAAGUCUUAUGGCUUUGUCUUUCUCCAUUACCUUCAUCGUGAUGUGAAAGAACCCUCAACCUGUGUGUACCCAUUUUGCUCUUACUUCCUUCUGUAAUAACUGUGUGUGCUGACAAGGGCGCACAUAGUGACAAGCUCGUUCAGUAGAAAUAGUAUCCCUUAAACGUCACAUGACUUAAACUUAUUUGUAAAUGUUAUUUUGAAAGGUAGAGUUCUACAUUGAUGUGGAGAAGACUGAUUCCCUAAAGAAAAGCAAUUAGUUCAAAGCAAUCAAGAUAAUUAUACUAGAUCUCUUCAGCUACUCUACUGUCUCAUUAAAAAAAAUGUAAAAGCUUAUGUAAUGAGAUAGUCUGUGUGGACUGAGUUCUUUGAAGCUUGAAAUCUUGCACUAAUACCAAAAAGACCCACAGAUCAUUUAGUGCAUCUGAAACUUUUAAUAUCUUAUGUGAUGAUGCAUCAUUAAAAAAAGGUCUGUCAUGGCUUUCAAUAAUAAACACUUCCACCCCUCCCCCAUCCAGGUUAAGUGAUGACUAAAUACUGGGUAGUUUUUUGGACAUCUCUAAUUGGAAACUAAUGGUUAAUUAUAUCAAAUGUGAAUGCUAGAUACCUGACAUGAAGUAGACUCGUUGGAGGAAAGGUACACUUUACAUGGCAGUGCUGACUUCCAGAAAACAAAGGCAUUCUGAUGCAAGCUUUUAGAUCUUGCUGUGUCUACUAUAAGAACAGUCCCUGAAAACUCAAUUUUGCUAUUUAAGUAGUUGUUCAAACCCCAAAAUUAACGUUGGAGAGUUUAUGGGCUUACAUUAAAUCUUAAUUUUAGUUAGUAAGAAAUUCUACUUGAGUGUCAGAGCUACUCCUUUUUGAUCUUGCAAUUGAGUUACUAGUUAACAGAGUAGAGUUGUGUUGUUUUUUGUUCUUAAUAAUCAAGGGUAUGAUUGCAGCAUUGAAGCUAUUAUUCACCAGCAUCUCUACUGGUUCAGCACUUCCAAGCUUUAGGGUAAGGUUGUUGUGUAUUGACCUGAACUGAUGUGUUCUCUUAGAAUAAAUGGUGGGAGGGAAUAAUAGAGUAACAGCUCUGUUGAAUUCGGUGCAAUAUCAGCUACAUUACUCAAGUGAUGUAUUAAAGUACUUUUAAAAAGAAAUGUUAUUUUAAAGAUAAGACUAAGGAUUAAAAUUCCUAACCUAAAA